AUGGCCUACAGGAACGUAGCUCUCGUUGGUGCUAGUGGAAAUAUUGGCAAGAUCAUCCUCGAGGAAUUGGUCGCUGACGGUAGUUUCAACAUUACCGUUAUUUCUCGCAAAGAUAGCUCUGCCACUUUCCCUGCUCGAGUCACUGUUUACAAGUCAGACUUUUCUGACAGAGACCUUGAGGCAGCUUUCAAAGGCCAGGACGCUGUCAUCUCAGCCCUUGGUAACGCCGGUUUCGGCGAGCAGAAGAAGGUCGUUGACGCUGCCAUCAGCGCUGGUGUUAAACGCUUCCUACCCUCUGAGUUUUCCGCCAGUAGCCAGGAUGCUGGUGUACUCCAGCUGCUUCCUCUUUUUGCCCCGAAAGCAGAAUUCAUUGAGUAUCUAAAGGCCAAACAAUCAGCCAACUUUUCCUGGACAGGUAUUGCUACCUCUCUUUUAUUCGACUGGGGCCUUGCAAAUGGCUUCCUUGAGUUUGAUCUUGCGAACAAAACCGCCACCAUCUGGGAUGGCGGCAACAAAAAGUUUACUCUGACUAAUGAACAGGAUCUUGGUGCAGCUACUGCGGCUGUGUUGAAGAAGCCUGAGGAAACUGCCAACAAGUAUCUCUUCAUAUCCUCUGUUGAGACUACUCAGAAUGAGAUUCUCGCCGCGCUGGAGGAGAUCACUGGCGCUAAAUGGACAGUCAAUAAUACCACUACCAAGGAGCAGGUUGAUGCUGCCAACCAGAAAUUAGGCGCUGGCGAUUUCAACGGCGCUCUUGCGCUGGUCCGAGCAACAAGCUUUGGUGACAUACCUGGCCUCAAGUCUAACUAUACCAAGGAUGAAGUUUUAGCCAACAAUCUUCUAGGACUAAAGCCUGCAACUGUCACUGACACUGUUAAACGUGUUGCUGCUUGA